AUGGCGGGAGGAGUGCCCGCAGCGGUGCCCGGGCGGUGCUGGGGGCACUGGGGACACUGGGGACGCUGGGAUGCUCCGGCACACCGCGGGAUGCUGCUCGCCGGAGAGGAUUCCUCUUUUCCCCGCUUCACCUCCCCAGCCGAGGCUCCGAGCGCAGCCGAAGCGUUUCUUUUGACACCAGCGACCAGAGAGACCCGGCAGGGUGUGUGCAUCACUAUACACAGCCUUUGGCAGCAGGUAGAAGUGGUUGCACAAGGUAUUUCCCCUCUGUGUCUCUGGGCCUGGACUCUCCCUGCACCUUCAAACCUUCUACAACGAUUGCAUGGUGGCAAGGUGAGACUCCUCAGAACCCUUCUCAGCCUUGCUCUUCCCCUUCCUUUGCCCUCCUGCGAGCCUCUGGGAGGGAUCUGCAACAUGAAGUUUCCAUUUGGAGCUGGCAAAUUCGGGAUGAACUGCUGCUUUGUGGCUCUCUGUUGUUUUUCUCUUCUCCUUCCCCUUCCUUACGCUCUGCCCACUUUUUUUAUUUUUUAGGUCGAGCUGCUUGACUUCAAAGGCGAGGACUUGUUUGAGGAUGGAGGAAUAAUCCGGAGGAUCAAGAGGAAGGGAGAAGGUUACUCCAACCCUAAUGAAGGUGCUACCGUGGAGAUUCACCUGGAGGGAUUCUGUGGCGGCCGCAGAUUCGACUGCAAGGAUGUGAAAUUUGUCGUGGGAGAAGGGGAGGACCACGACAUCCCCAUUGGCAUUGACAAGGCCCUGGAGAAGAUGCAGAGGGGAGAGCACUGCAUCCUCUACCUCAGCCCACGGUAUGGCUUUGGCGAGGCUGGGAAGCUGAAAUAUGGCAUCCAGGGGAACGCAGAGCUGGUGUACGAGGUGACCCUGAAGAGCUUUGAGAAGGCCAAGGAGUCGUGGGAGAUGGACACCAAGGAGAAGCUGGAGCAGGCAGCUGUGGUCAAGGAGAAGGGCACGAUGUACUUCAAGGAAGGCAAGUACCUGCAGGCAGUGAUUCAGUAUGGGAAGAUUGUGUCCUGGCUGGAAAUGGAGUAUGGCUUGUCUGAAAAGGAGUCUAAAGCCUCUGACUCCUUCCUGCUGGCUGCCUUCCUCAACCUGGCCAUGUGCUACCUGAAGCUGCGAGAGUACACCAAGGCUGUGGAGUGCUGUGACAAGGCUCUAGGGUUGGACCAGGACAAUGAGAAAGGCUUGUACAGGAGGGGUGAAGCCAGGUUAUUGAUGAAUGAGUUCGAGCUGGCUAAAUGUGACUUUCAAAAAGUGCUGGAAGUGAAUCCACAGAACAAAGCAGCGAAAUCCCAGAUCUCUGUGUGCCAGAAAAAAACGAAGGAGCACAACGAGCGGGACCGGAGGAUCUAUGCCAACAUGUUCACAAAGUUUGCAGAGAGGGAUGCAAAGGAAGCAGCCAGCAAAACUGGGGUGGAAAAAACAGCAGAGAAGGCAGCUUGUGAAAAAGGACCUAAAACUCCUGGUGCUGAAGGCGAAGAGGCUGAAGGACACGUAUGA